CACUACCCCACUUCUCCACCUCUCUCCCGUGAUCAAAUUAAUCCCCACCUGCAAUACAGAUCCAACCGAGAACACUUCCUCCCUACAGCUAGCAGCACAAUCAUCCAACCAUCCAGUCCCUACAACAUUUACUCUGGAUCUGAACUACUCUUGUCAACAUAUACUUUCCUUCUCAUCUCCUCCCAUUCGCAGCAGACAACACAUUGUAUGUUAAAUUUAACCUCAUGUCAAGCAUAGCAUAAGCAAGGUUCUUGAGAAACUGAUUGAAGGGCCAUGUUUGAGAAGUAGAGAGUCGGUGGGCUUUAUGCCAGACUUAUUCCUCUCUUCCUCCCCCAACUGCUUACCAUCACUAUCACCUUCUCGUCAUCUUUACCUCCAUCACCAUCUCCCCGCCGUCAAACACAUCGCCACCACCAGCCGACGAACACCAUCAUCAUCACUUCCCAGGCUACAUCACCAACUUACCUCGAUCAGAAGCAGGACGUGGGACGUCCCAAAUCACCGACGCCCAACGAAAGCAGCAACUCGCCUCGGUUCACGUCGAGCGUACACCGCGGCCUCACCUCCACGUUAAAGAAAAGGAAAAAAAAGUAGGGAAUAGAAGAAGAGGGAAAGGAAGGAGUCUGGGCACUGGGUUUUGGUCGGGAGAAGGUCAGAAAUCAUUCCACGGAGUCAGAAUCCAAGUUAGUGGUCGUUUGGUGGUUCGUCGGAGCUUCAUCGGCGUCUCGCCGGAGUAUCGCCGGAUUCUGAAAAAAAAAAAAUCAACUUCGACCAAACUUCAAAAGGUGGAUACGGUCGCGUAGAGGGCGAUCUCAGGAGCGUCACGGUGUCGACGAAAUCAAAUUCGGACGUCGGAUGAGGGAGAACCGAGUCUCCCAAGUUUGAGGAAGAACAUGUCAACUAUCAGGUACCAUUUCGUGGAAAUUCAAAAAAGUUGGAGGAUUAAAUGUGUAAUUUUUCCAGCAGGUCGUGGUCAACUGUGUUGACUGGAAAAUAUCAGUUGCGGUACUUGGUACUUCUAAACUGACAGAAUAUUUAUUUUGGCCAUAACUCGAUCAAUAGACGUCCGAUCGAGGAACCGUCUGCGCUCACGGAAACGUAGAAGCGAGGGGAAUGUUAUAGGAGGGAGUUUUGGAAUUUUUCAUAGUCUGAGAAUAUUCAUCUUUUCGAGGUGAGUGGUUUAAGGGGGUAAAUUCUACGCCUUACGUAUUUUCAAAUAUUUGACUUACGAGUUUUACGUAUGUCUGUUUAUAUGAAUUGUAUGCCAGUUAUUGAUUUAUGCCGUGAUUGAUAAAGCAUGUUAUAUUUGAGAUAUUAUCUGAGAUGCUCUAUUUGAGUUAUGAUUGUGAAGUAUAUGAUUAUUGAGCUGUCAGUAUUUACUUGAAGCUUUUAUAUUUAUGUUAUUUAAUGAAGGUUACUUGAUCUUUAAGGAUCAACAUUUAAGAGGUAUUUCACUCCUAAUUAGAUUAGGGUGAAAAGAUUUAAAGGUAGUUCACUAACGCAGUCCCCCGCCCGAGUGAAAGUUUAAAGGAAGAGCAAGUUUGCUCUUAAGGAACAUGUGGAUGAAUCACUUAGACAUCACAUGAAGUUUAAAGGAAGAGUAUGAUAUACUCUUAAGGUUUAUGGGGUUGAAUAGAUUACUCCCAUAAAAAGGUUUAAGGAAAGGCCUAUGUUGGCCCUCAUACGUAUGAGCUGGGCGGUUGGACUAGUUAGUGAGGGGAUCCCAGUGUUGGUCAAAUGUUUAAUAUUUUUGAGGGUGGCGAGUAACAACAACUCCCACGUUUUUAAGGGUUAAAAUAUAAAGGGUGGAAGUAUGAACAACUUCCACAAGUUUUGAGGUGAACACUUAAGGGAACACCCGUAAGUGCUUCAAGUUUAAGUAAUGGCGUAGAUUGACCCCAACCCACUCACCAGGUCGUAGAGGAGGAGCUAGGGAGCAUUCAGUCGAGGAGCGUCCAGUGAGAGAGCAGGCUACCCGAGGAGGACCACGUGAGCACUUCUGAAGAUGUCUGACCACGGAUCGGAGUAAGCAGCGUUUGUAAUCUUUAGUUAUUUACUUUAUGAUCAUGAGUAAUGACUGGAGAAUUUAAAAGGAUAAGACUUUAUGGAUUGAGGUUUGCCCAAAUGUUAGGGCUUUGCUUUUAAAUUGUAAGGUGUAUUUUCAGUAUUGGUAUUUCGAGCACAUUAUUGUUUCUUUCCUUCAAAAUUUUAAAUAUGCUCCGGAGCAAAAUUGUUAUUUAAGUGUUUUAGAAAUCGGGAUGUGACACAGUGAAGCCGACGUCAAAAAGCCCACAGUCUCGAAUACAAGCAUUGAAGCUAGCCGUUCUGCUCGGAUUAUACGCAGCACCUCCUUUGCGCUCCGAAGGGCAGGUGAUUGAGUUGAAAUCCCCCGCUAAUAGCCACGGCCUCUCAAUGUUUUGUUCCAGUCUUCGAAUGGCCGCCCAAAGGGGUUGCCUGUCAUGCUCAUUAGGCUUGGCGUAGAUUGCAGUCAAGAGCACUGAGAAUCUGUUCUGAUUUGUGCACAAAAGGUGGAGAAAUUGUGAGUCACGAUCCAAUUCAGUAAUAUCAAGGUGAGUAUCUUUCCAAAGCACCCAAAUACCACCAGAAAAACCAAUAGCAUCAACCACAAUGUACUUAUCAAACCCCAUGGACUUAAUAACGUCUUCUGCAUCCUUACCACUGAUCCGUGGUUCCACAAUAAAGACAAUAUUUGGUCUAUGGGCGAACACAUACUCCUUAAACGUUGCUAGAAAUUUGGGGUGUUUUGCCCCUCGGCAAUUCCAACUAAAAAUACUAAACAUAAGGAAUAAAAGACAAGAGAAAAAGCACAAACUUCCCUGACUUGCAGAAGCACACGGGAUGACGCUUAAUUCGCCGGCUUCGCCAGCGGGGGUUCACAACCCACCAGGGCGGUCGCUUCCGGCUCCAGAUUCCCUCCAAUACCAGUGGACUGAGGCUCGGCGAUGACAUCCAUGGAUUCCUUACUUUCUUUGGAUCCCGAACUCGACGUUCCAACAGAAAGCUCUGAUACCAUGUCAAAAACCAGUUGAUCCCAAUAACUCGAGUUGUUAGGAGAGGUUCAAUCGUGGAUCAUAUACCACACGCUAAUAAAAUCGACACAAUGGG